AUGUUAUGUCCCCUGUCUGUUCUGAAUGUAGUGGGUAUAUCUGAGCGGGUGGCGUGUGACGUGUGGGGUGCUCCUCUACCUGAGUCUGAGUCACUGAGCCCAGACUUCUCUUUCACCAGAACCUUCCCCAAAGGAAGUACGUUUUCUGUUUAUGUUGCACUUCCUGGAAUGACUCUGGAAUGACUCUGGAAUGACUCUGGAAUGACUGCACGGAACCAUCCACUCACCUCAUAAACCAACUCACCCUCACAAUAAAACUAACGAGCGAUCUGUGAACGAGCACGCCAUUAACUCUCUCUCUUCCUCUGCAGCCCAUACUAAUGCACUCAUUUCAUCUGUCAUUAGUUUGAGAAAUAAUUCAAACCAUAUACCAUAGAGUUCAGAUUAGACCGGGUAGAUUUACUAAUGUUGAGCAACAUGAUUCAAUCACCUCUUCCUCCCUGCAUCUGCAUCUGCCGUGGGUUAUGGGCCAUAUGCAUGGUGGUGUAAGGCAUGGGGCUGUAUAGUAUUUCCUGUCCUGAGCUGGUGUGGUGCAGCCAGACACUAACCGCAGGGGCCUCUAGAUGGUGCCACCCUUUAUAGUGACAUGCUGUUCAUGGCGCACCGAUGUAAUUGCAGCUCCGCCUCCGCUUCCACCCAAGAAUGUCCCGACCUCCCCCCCUCCGACCAGCUCCCCCUCUGCAGCUGCCGGUAAGACCCCUCAUCCCUCGAUCCCUCCCUCCAGCCCUCCUCCCUUCUUCCCUGUACCUCAUAUAUCUCCAAACCAUCCCCUCUUUGUAUGUUAAAUAUUUAUCUCUCUUGCUUUCUUUUUCUUGCAUUUGAUCUCUCUCUCUCUCUCUCUCUCUCUCUCUCUCUCUCAUACAAACUGUUAUGAUCCUCUCUCCUUGCACAUGACUCUGUCUGUCAGAAGUGUCAGUAUCGACAGAAGGCUCAGGAAGGAAGACCUCCAUCCCAAACCUGGACAACAUUUUCGGCCCAGCAGAGCCCUCUGCCUUUGGCGAGGAGUCUGCCGACAAGUGGGUCUGCUUCAGCGAGGAAUCGGCAGCCUCUGAAAGACCGCCCCUUCCAAAGGACCCAGCCCAGCCCCUACCAACGUCCCCACCCCCUCCAGAAGAUCCCCCCGCCCCUCCUGUACCCACUUCCCCUCUCCCUUCGGAACACUCUUCUCCCUUUCUCCCCCCUCUCCCCACCUCCCCUCCCCCACAGGAAAAACCUGUCUCUUCCUUACCAACCUCCGAACCCCCUACAGAGGAACCAGCACUCCCCCUACCCACAGUCCCUGUCCCACCCAUGCCUAAAGACCCUACACACCAACCCACACCACUUCCACCAAAGGACCCUACACUACCCCCCACUCCCCCACCCACCAUUGUCCCCCCUCUUGACUCAGCCCCCAGCAUUACCCCUGUUCCGCCUGUCCCUUCACCCCCCAGUGUUGCCCCAGUCCCCCCUGCGGUCCCCUCUCCUCCCAAAGCAAGAACACCUGUCUCCCCCACCAGCCCCCCUGGCCCUGCCGUUGUGGACGAGCCGUCACGCACCAUCCCCCCACCCCUUGUCUUUGUCGAGGAGGAACGGAAGAGUCCUGAAGCGGCAGCUCCGCCUGUCCCGCCUGCUCCAUCGAAAGAGGGCCUUAUUGAAACCGCCACCUCGCCCAAAGAUGUUGGCCAGGUGUCCCGUGCUGCGCCUCCCCCUCCUCCACCCCCUACGUACAGGGCAGUUGUGUCCUCGCCAGGACCCACGACAGGGGGCAUGGGUAGUGGUGAGUACCCCCAAGCGUCACACUCAUCCAUAACAGCACAACCCAUCUGACCACUGUCAGAAUCAGUCUGUCUGUGUCGUAGAGAUUUGCAGCUGUAUCAUGCAGUUAGCUAGUGUAAGCACAUACUUGAUAGGUUGUCAUUGUAAAUAAAGAGUUGGUUCUUAAUUGACUUACCUGUAUAAAUAAAGGUUGGAACACAAUGACCGUCUAAGGCAGUGAUUAGAUUUGUGUGGCUUACUCUUUGCCUGGAGCGGCUCAUUGAAAUCUACUGUGAGUAGGAGAUAUCUUCAUUACACUGUUUAAUGUUGCUAGAUUAAUGCUGACAAACUCCCAUAUCACAAUCCUCAAACUUAAACACAUUAAAUACUGUAUAUGAACUGUGGAGGUACUGUACAGAAACCCUGACUUCUCUUGUUUAGACGUACAGCUUGUCUUACAAAACAGUUUAUCACAUUGAGGCUGUGUGUGUGGCUGUGUGUGUGGCUGUGUGUGUGGCUGUGUGUGUGUGGCUGUGUGUGUGGCUGUGUGUGAGUGGCUGUGUGUGUGUGGCUGUGUGUGAGUGGGCUGUGUGUGUGUGGCUGUGUGUGUGUGGCUGUGUGUGAGUGGCUGUGUGUGAGGCUGUGUGUGUGUGGAGGCUGUGUGUGAGGCUGUGUGUGAGGCUGUGUGUGUGAGGCUGUGUGUGAGACUGUGUGUGUGGCUGUGUGUGUGGCUGUGUGUGUGGCUGUGUGUGGUGGCUGUGUGUGUGGCUGUGUGUGAGGCUGUGUGUGAGGCUGUGUGUGUGAGGCUGUGUGUGUGGCUGUGUGUUAUCAGUAAGAAGUGGGUUGAGAACCCUCAGCCAAUGAACCCAUUUCUCCCUGUCUAUUUAACUUUUACUGCAGUGGGCUAAAUCAGGGUCAUACAGAGUGUUUCUUGGUAGUCUUAAACAAAUCUACUUUGAAACAAAAGUAUACACCUCACACACAUGGUUAUGGGCUUAAAAAAAAGACGACACCUGUACCAUGUCAGAUAUAGAGUUGAAAUGUAUUACAUUUUGAGUUUGCAUCCCAAUAGGAAAGGGCUACAGUGAUUAACACAACACACACUCUUGCUUUACAAUCAUCACAAACUCUGUUAUGUAGUAUUGUUCUUCUGUAGACCAGACAGUAUAGUGUAGUGUAGACCAGACAGUGUAGUGUAGUGUAGACCAGACAGUGUAGUGUAGUGUAGACCAGACAGUGAAGUGUACAUGAUCAUGAUGAGGACAGUUUGUUUAGUUUAACACAAAGGGAAUGGGAAACCAGGAUUGAGGACUGAAAACACAGCUGGGACAGAUCUCGCUGACGCAGCACAUUGGAACGCCGGGAUGAGUGGGAAUUCUGUCUCGGAAUGUCUUGUCCCACUGUGAGAAAAUAGUCCCUCAAGAUAAACAAUAAAUGGACUGGCCCAAAUCAAAUAAAAGUUUAUUGGUCGCGUACACAGUUUUGCAGGUGUUAUAGCGGUGCAGCGAAAUGCUUAUGUUCCUAGCUCCUAACAAUGCAGUCAAAUGUCAAACAAUUAAAAUAUAAAAACCAAAUAAAAUAAAAUAAACUACAAGAAUGGUGGGACGAAUCCAAUUAACAACCCAAAUAGCACUGGAUCAGUAUCAAAAUGCAAUCUAUACAUAUGUACACCAGAGUGAGACAUAUUGAAUACCACCUAAUGUUCUCCCAAUACCCUCCUCAUAUUAAAACACUCAACAGGCAACCAUGGAACUGGUGUGUGUUAUGUUUCACUGGAAUUCUAUCCAAUUCAAUUCAGCUCAGUAGCAAUUCAAUCAAACAUAAUGUUCUGUAAACAGGAAACCAGGUUACCCAGUCAUUAUUCCAGAAUGUUCUAGAUGUUAUUGACUCUGCCAGGUCAGUUUUGUUUUAAUGUUCAAGGAUCUCCCCAGAGGUUCUCUAUCUCUAUGGACAGUGAUGUCAUGAUGUUUUAACCCAGAUGUCCUCUUGUCCCCAUACAGGGGCGUCCUCUCCGGCUCGUCCUGCUACACCGUCAGCUCCAUCAGCUGUUUUCAGCAGCCCCACCCCGCCCCCUCCCCCUCCACGCCCCUCCUCACGACCCAAACUGCCUCCUGGGAAACCCAGCAAGGGGGACAUGGUAUGUGAUAUCGUCCAUCUCUGUUUACACUGUACUUAAACAGAAACAACAAUAGCUCAAAUCCCCACCUCAAACAGGACACUCCCCCUCUUAAGAUGUUUAUACUGUAUGGUACCUCGAUAUCUUGAUAUAUUUGAUCUGUACUUUCAAUUUUUUAUAGUUUCACUUUUAGCCCCGCAAAAACUGAACUGUUAGGGUGUCUGAACAUAAAAACACUGAUAUUAGUAAAUCAUGUAACCUCUCUCUCUCUCUCUCUCUCUCUCUCUCUCUCUCUCUCUCUCUCUCUCUCUCUCUCUCUUUCUCUCUCUUUGUCCCCCCAGAGCCGGCCCUUCAGUCCCCCAGUCAGUCACUCGUCCAGCCCCCCUUCCAUCGCCACCCUGGCCCGGGCCGAGAGCACCUCCUCUAUCUCCUCCAACAACUCCCUGAGUGCAGCCACCACCCCCACCGUCGGUAAAGAUCUCACCCUUUCUGUGUCAGGUGUGUGUACGCCAUCAUCUCCUAUCACUAUCUGUGCUACUGUGGUAAUCUGUGCUGUGUUGCCCGUGUUGCCUGUGUGGUUUUGUCCAACUCUGCCACUGAGAUGGCCGCAUCCAUUGGCUGCUGUUUUUCUGAGUCUCUCAACACAGAACAAAUCUUGAUGCACUCACUUCUCCAGCAAAUACACUGUGUACAAAACAUUAGGAACAUAGACUGACCAGGUGAAUCCAGGUGAAACCUAUGAUCCCUUAUUGAUGUCACCUGUUAAAUCCACUUCAAUCGGUGUAGAUUAAGGGGAGGAGACCGGUUAAAGAAGGAUUUUUAAGCCUUGAGACAAUUCCUGCCAUUGAGGGUGAAUGAGCAAGACAAAAUAUUUAAAUGCCUUUGAACGGGGUAUGGUAGUAGGUGCCUGGCGCACCGGUUUGAGUGUGUCAAGAACUGCAACGCUGCUGGGUUUUUCAUGCUCAACAGUUUCCCAUGUGUAUCAAAAAUGGUCCACCACCCAAAGGACAUCCAGCCAACUUGACACAACUGUGGGAAGCAUUGGAGUCAACAUGGGCCAGCAUCCCUGUGGAACGCUUUUGACACCUUGUAGAGUCCAUUCCCGACAAAUUGAGGUGCAACUAAAUAUUUGGAAUGUGUUCCUAAUGUUUUGUACACUCAGUGUAUAUCUGCUCGAGUACAGUAUUCACUCAAUGUAUUACACUGCAUUUCUGUGAAUGUUGGUAUAGGAUUUUCAAGAGUACAAUAUGCCUAAUAAGUAGUAAUGGACUGGUUAAAUAAUGCUGAUCAUACGUUGUGUGUUUCACAUCCCAUUGAUUUUGUGUUUAAGUCAUGAGUUGUUUUUUUCCUCAACAUUUUUCAUCUAGCCAUCAUUUUUGAGUUCACAACGUACCCUCCGUACUUUGACACUGUCCGUUCUUUUGUCACCAUUAUUACUUACAUGGUUUUAUUCUUCAGUUAGAUUUUUCCUUUGUUUUGAUUUGCAUUCUUUUUGUUUUGUUUUGAAUUUGCUCUUGUCUCUGUCCCUUUUUAUUUAUUUUGGGCUGUCGCUUGAUGUGAUGUCAGAAGAGGAUGCAUUUGUAGACAAACUGCCCACGUUUGAGAGGCCCUUUGAUUCUCUGGCAGAUACAGUAUAGUUUAGAUGAAGGGAGGGAGGCUAUCUGAGAGGAGGGGGCUGGGGCUGGGGGUGGGGCGGGACCUGGGAGGGAUCCGGUGAUACCUAUUACCCAUGAUGAUGUCAUAAUCCUUGAGAAUGUUCUUGCUUUGUUUGUUUGUUUUUGUCAUUCCAUCUCAGAGUGGGUGGCAGCCAUCAUGUGGGAGGAGUAGAUUUUGGACUGAGAUAUUGGAGUACGCCACAGAUUUAAUUUUCAUUUUUUAACUUUGAUAAAUGGUGAAACACCUCCUCUCUCUCUGUCUGUCUCUGACUCACAUACUUUCAAAUCAAAGCCGUCGAAUGAAACGCAUCCCAAGGAUAAUUUUUUCAGAAAGCUGAAAUACCAUGCAUCUCUUUUUCAUCUUCCCACACCUGCAUCUUUGGCUGUCCUGCCCUCAUUACCACAGCAACGUCCCUGUUUUGUAUGAUAGUCAUUGUGUGUGUACUGUAUGGAGAGCACUGUGUUUUCGAGCAUGCUGUUACUCUGCAGUGCUGUGUGUGUGUUCCUGUGUAUUAAGAGUGUAGCCUGUCUGAAGAGCAUCUGUGGCAUCGAGAUCCAGACACACACACACACACACACACACACACACACACACACACACACACAAACACACACACCAGGGGCGUCAUUUCAGCUAAACCUAGGGUAUGGCAAAGUAACAGGGGUGAGGGGGGGUGGGGGAUUCCUCCAAGGAAUUUUUAUUAAAUUGAAGCUAAUUUACUGCAUGUCUACAUAAUUUAAAAACUCUCAAAUGCAAUUUGGAGGGCAGCAAAAACAAGCAACAUUUCCUCCAGCCAUUAUCACCAUGUUGCUGUAGCUUCAUUCACCUCAGUCAAUAGGGGACUUAACAUUCUACAAGAAUUAGCUGCGACGCACUAGCUCAGCACCGGGAUAACAAUUUUAGUUUGGUUUCAUGUCAAGUCAAACAGCAGUUACCUAGCCAAAGCCAUCUACUUCAGCCAUCUAUACCUCUGCACUGUUUUGUAGAAAAGGUCACGCUGUUCACUGCAGCUGCGUCCAUGCGCUCUCCAUAAAGCCAGCCAGCCAAACAAACAGCCUUCCCUCCUGCUCCCAGGCGUCCGCAUGGUCCUAAAGUCUGUCAUCUCGAUGAUUUUAGUAGCCUAUUUUAAAUAGUUGGUGUUGAGCUACUGCCAUACCCAAUUGACACCCUGACACACACAUAACUGCACGCACACAUAGAUACACACACGCACGUGCACUCACCACACACACACACAUUCACACACAUUCUCACACACACACACACACACACACACACACACACACACACACACACACACACACUGUGAUACAGACAGAGCCUCUUUUGAAGUCUGGAAGGAGAAUGAGUGUCUCCAGCCGGUUGGUAAUUAUCAUGCCACCUUCUCCUCUCCUCAACACUCAGAACAAGACAGACAGACAGACAGGCAGAUAGAGAGUGUGCUCCCCACCUCCCAACCUCUCACCCUUACCCCCAUCUACCCCCCUCCCCCUGUCCCAGACCACCUCUUCCCUCUCACCCUCUCACUCCACCCCAUGGGAACAUGUUUCUCCACUACACUCCGUUCCACUUCUCUAACCUCCCCUAUCAGAACACCGGCCCACUAUUAUCUAUUGUCUUCACCCACAGUCAUCCUGCACUCAAUCCAUCUACUCCAGCCAUCUAUUCACUACACCCCAAAGCCGCAACCACCCCCUCAGCAGUCACACCUUAACACUGAUCCCUUCAACCAACUCCCCUCCUCCAUGGGUUUAUCCUCAUCACUGCCCCCUGGUGUAUGUCAUCAGGUUGAUUUGUUUAUUAAUUUGUUUAUUUGGAUCCCCAUUAGCUUUUGCAGAAGCAGCAGCUACUCUUCCUGUGGUCCCUAGCCAGUCCAACAGCCAGGCUCCAUCUGUAUUGAAAGACAGAGCAUGACACAAAAAACGUUGUAAUGUUAGCAUUAGGACAGGAGGAUGUGAUUUAAAAGUAUUCAUGUAAUGGUAAUGAAGGUUUUCUAUAGCAGUGUGUAGAUGAAUAUUGUACGUGCAGUAUGAACGAUCUGCCAGGUGUCAUUCCCAGUCAGUCCUCCUCCAGGCUAGAGACCCAACACCACCACCAUCCACCAACAGAUACCUUAUUUCACCUAGUCCAACCUCCCACCCCCACCCACGCACCCACACGUGACCUUUUCACACUGAGCCGAGCUGUACUAAGCUUGGAACCAUGCUGGAAAGGACAAUGUGGAAAGAAAUGAUCUGAACCGGCACUGUAUGGUUCGGGUUGGGACUAUAGUGUGAAAUGACCCACACACACAGACACACAGCAUCACGCUGGUCCUGUCCUGUCCUGGCAGUGUUUUGGCUUGCUGUGCCAUGCCUAGGGUUGCAAAAUUCCCGGGAACUUUCAAUAAAUCCCUGGUCUUCUAGAAAUCCUGGUGGGAGGAUCCCGGAAUCAGGAGGGAAUAAGCAGGAAUCCGGAAUCCUCCAAACAGGAAUUCUGGAAAGCCACGGAAUGUAUUGAAAGUUCCCGGGAAUUUUGCAUCCCUAGCCAUACCUCUCUUUACCCCACCUCACCUUACUGUGAUGUGUGAUAGACCUGCCGUGUGACUCACGCUACUGUCCUUCUCUCUCCCUCCCCCUCUCACCAACCCUCCUCAACCACUCUUCCUUCCUCCUCUCCCUCCCCCACCACAGAGAAUGACCAGCCUUCCCUGGUUUGGUUUGACAGAGGGAAGUUUUAUUUAACCUUUGAAGGUAAGUUGUGUCUGCACAACGGCUAACUGCAGUGCACACACUCACCCGGGGUCACCCGAGCCUCAUCUGUGCAAGCUUUUCCUCCCCCCUCCUCUCACCCCUACAUUCAUGGCCCACAUCUCACUCCCUCCAAGCUAACUGCUGCGCCCCUCUACAUGUAGCCCUCUUGUCUUAUUCCUCACACUCCUCCUCUAACUCCUCGCGUCGUGACUCGUUCUCAUUUCAAUUUCGGUGGCCACAAGUCUGCCGUUUCCUAAAAGAUCAUCGAUCUUUUGGUCUUUUGGGUUUUGAUCUUGAUCUCUCCCUCUCUGAUUUUGUCGCGAUGACUCAGCAUCAACAGUAUGUCUGGAAUACGCAUGUCCUCUCUCUCUCUCUCUUUGUAAAACUAUUUUUCAUUCUUUAUUUCUGUUGGUCUUCUCAGUGCUUUUCAGUGUUUCUGAAUCACAACAAAACCUCCUCAUGCAACUGGCUUUAUUAAUCCUGAUAUUGUAAAUAUAGUGAAACCUGAAAUUGUACUCUGUGUAAAGUUGUACGACAAUGUCCAAAAGUCUUGAGAGACUUCACAUCGCUGUACAGUACAUCCAACAUUUGAUUUGACAAGGUAAUGGGAUAUCAUAGGAGCUAAACCCACCCACCCAUCAUACAUUGGUUCUCAUUUCAAUCACAUAAAUAUGUGACAAUGGAGUAGUGGCCUGAGGGAACACACUAAAUAUAUUGAGUAAAGUGUUAUGAAAUGUCAUGUCACGUACUAUUUUAAAUGGUAUAUAACGGCCUUAAUGUUGCUGGACCCCAGGAGGAGUAGCUGCGCCUUGGCAGGAACUAAUGGGGAUCCUUAAUAAACCCCAGGAGGAGUAGCUGCUGCCUUGGCAGGAACUAAUGGGGAUCCUUAAAAAAACCCAGGAGGGGAGUAGCUGCUGCCUUGGCAGGAACUAAUGGGGAUCCAUAAUAAAUACAAAUACAAAAUACAAAUACAGUGGUUCUCUCACACACUCUCUGGUUCUCCAUCUUCAUCCAUACAUUGCUGCUGAGAGAAGGAGAGUUAGGAAACAGGAAAUAGAGGGUGUAGUACAGGAAGUGGGAGGAAUCUAUAGGACAGAGAAGUAGUGGAGCAGCCAGGAGAAGGAUGAGAGAACAGUAGUAGCUUUGGUGGUUUGUGAGGACUAAGGACCUGGGUUGUGUUUGAUGAUGAAAGUCUUCCUUCUCUCUUUCUGCUUUUCAUUCAGUCUCCCUCUCCAAAAUGUUUUUAGUCUGAGUGAGUCUCUCUCUCUCUCUCCCUCUUUCUGUAUUGCUAUUAAAUGUGUGUGUGCUGUCUGAAACAGGCUGUUCCAGGGGCCCCAGCCCUCUCACCAUGGGGACCCAGGACACCCUUCCGGUGGCGGCAGCUUUUACAGAGACGGUCAAUGCCUUCUUCAAAGGAGCCAACCCUAACAAGUAGGUCCACUCAAACACGUUAGGAGAUGUCUCUCACUGUAUGUUCCCUCUCUUCUCCACUAAAUUUUGAUCGAAGCUCUUUUCUCUAUCUCGAUCUACUCUAUAUCUAUCGAUCCUAUUCUCUCUCUCUAUCUAUCUCUCUCUUCUUCUUUCUCUACAUCUUUCUUCUUAUCUGUCCUCUCUCUUGUCUUCUUCGUUCUCUCUCUCUGUCUCUCUCUGCUUCUAUCUCUCUCUCUCCUUCUCUAUUCUCUGUUUGUCUCUCUCUCUGUCUCUACUCUCUCUGUCUCUCUCUCGUCUCUCUUCUGAUAUCUAUCUGUUUCUCUCUGUCUUCUAUCAUCUUCUCUCUCUGGUACCUCUCUCUAUCUUACGUCUCUCUGUCUCAUAUUCUAUCGCUAUUCUGGUUGUCUAUGCGCCUCUCUAUAGCUCUAGUCUUUCUAUGUCUUUCUCUGUCUAUCUCUUGUCUCGGUCUUUUCUAUAUCUCAAUAUGGGCUAUUCGUGUCGGCGGGCAGAAUGUCGAUGCGCCGGGAGUCUAUCUCUCAGCUCUCUGUGUCUCAUUGUCUCUCUCUUUCUCGUUGAGUGGGUGCUCGUCUCUGUCUCUUUCGUUCUAUUCUCGUCUAUAUCUCUGUCAUUUCUAGUAUCUCUAUGUAUUCAUCUUCUGUAUCUAUUCUAUUUAUCUAUGUUAUUAUCUAUCUAUGUACUCAUCUCUUAUAUUCUUUUAUCUCUGAUAAUCUGAUCGUCUAGAGUCUAGUAGGUAUCGCUCGAUCUCUAUCUGUAUCUCUUCUAUCUUUGUGUCUCUCUAUCUUCGUCUCUGUCUCUUUCCUAUCUCUUCUCUCUCUGUCUGUUUCUCUUCUCUAUCUAUUGUCUACUCUUCUCUAUAUCUUCGUCUCUUCUUCUCUAUACUCGUCUCUCUCUCUCUGUCUUACUCCUCUAUUUCUCUAUCUCUCUUCUUUCUCUCUUUCUGUUAUUCUGUACUCUCUCCUUGUCUCUUUCUGGUCCUGUCUAUGAUCUCUCUAUCUUCUAUCUUUUCUCUUCUAUCUUUGUCUCUUCUGUCUCUCUUAUGUCUUCUCUCUCCUCUUCUCUUCUUCUCUGUCUCUCUGUCUCUCUCUCUUGUUCUAUCUCUGUCUCUCUUCUUCUCUAUCUCUGUAUUCUCUCUCUCUCUCUCUCUCUCUCUCUCUCUCUCUCUCUCUCUCUCUCUCUCUCUCUCUCUCUCUCUCUCUUUCUGUCUCUCUUUGUCUCUCUUUGUCUCUCUCUGUCUCUCUCUGUCUCUCUUUAUCUUUCUCCCAAUUCUCUCCACUCUCUCUCUUACUCUUUCUCCUUCUGUCCAUUUCAUUUCUGUUAUAUCUCUCUCUCCAUGCUUUACUCUCUCUCUCUCAUUCUCCGGACGCUCUAACCUCCUCCUCCCGUGUCCCUGUCCAAAGGUGUGUUGUGAAGAUCACAGGCGAGAUGGUGCUGUCGUUUCCAGCGGGGAUCACCCGGCACUUUGCCAAUAACCCGUCCCCUGCCGUGCUAACCUUCAGCAUAACCCACUACAGCUGGCUGGAGCAUGUGCUGCCUAACCCCCAGCUACUCUGCUGGUAAAGACCACUAUAAUACCCCUCACACCACUCACUACAUCACGUGGCACUGUAGCAUUUAGAACAUAUCACAUUGAAUGCCUAAAAUCAUACUGUACCAAAACAAUACACCUGUCCAGUUCUGACUGGGCUCUGAGUCACUGUGAAUUCAUCCCAGUGGUCUGACUAACCACCUUAUUCCAAGGUUAUUCUGCACUGUCACGUGUAAAAUGCAUCAGAUUUGUUGUUGUGUAGCAGUCAGUAUCUGUUUGCGAUCUCUGCACUGCAAUAGUCCUGACCUCUGUGUAGUAGGUACAAAGAUAACUUGUACUCUGUUGUGUCUCUGUGUUGACUAAAGUUUAGAUGGAUCAAUCAUGACAUUAGAUCAUAUGAUAAAAUACCUAUUGUGUGCCCACAUAGUGACACCGCCACAACACCCAACCCUGACUGCAAGACCUUCUGGGUGAACAUGCCAAACCUGAUGACCCAUCUAAAGAAGGUGGCCGAGCAGAAACCCCAGGCCACUUACUACAAUGUGGACAUGCUCAAAUACCAGGUGAGCUCAACUAUGGUCUACUAUAGAGAUACAGAAACCAAUACCAGGUGAGCUCAACUAUGGUCUACUAUAGAGAUACAGAAACCAAUACCAGGUGAGCUGAACUAUGGUCUACUAUAGAGAUACAGAAACCAAUACCAGGUGAGCUGAACUAUGGUCUACUAUAGAGAUACAGAAACCAAUACCAGGUGAGCUGAACUAUGGUCUACUAUAGAGAUACAGAAAACCAAUACCAGGUGAGCUGAACUAUGGUCUACUAUAGAGAUACAGAAACCAAUACCAGGUGAGCUGAACUAUGGUCUACUAUAGAGAUACAGAAACCAAUACCAGGUGAGCUGAACUAUGGUCUACUAUAGAGAUACAGAAACCAAUACCAGGUGAGCUGAACUAUGGUCUACUAUAGAGAUACAGAAACCAAUACCAGGUGAGCUGAACUAUGGUCUACUAUAGAGAUACAGAAACCAAUACCAGGUGAGCUGAACUAUGGUCUACUAUAGAGAUACAGAAACCAAUACCAGGUGAGCUGAACUAUGGUCUACUAUAGAGAUACAGAAACCAAUACCAGGUGAGCUCAACUAUGGUCUACUAUAGAGAUACAGAAACCAAUACCAGGUCAGCCCUGGUACUAGAUAAUAGGCUGAUCCAUAGAGAUCAAGUGAUGUCAUCUUUCUGUGACCAAUGUUGACCCAUUUAAAACCAGAAAUGUAAAGUCUGUCCUGUCCAGUCUGUAUCCGUGAUUACUAUUCCAGUUUAAUGUUUGUUUAUGUGUGCAGGUAUCAGCGCAGGGCCUCACAUCGACCCCCCUGAACCUAGCAGCCAGUUGGCGGUGUGAACCCACCAGCACGGACCUCCGAAUAGACUACAAAUAUAACGGCGGCGCCAUGACAACGCCCGUGGCGCUCAACAACGUCCAGUUCCUGAUCCCCGUAGACGGAGGGGUCACCAAGCUACAGGCCGUGCUUCCCCCCGCCGCAUGGUAAGACAGAAUAGUAUACUGUAUGUCAGAACCGUAUACAAUACAUUUCUAUUGAAUUAAAUUCAGUUAAUUUGAUUAUUAAAAGUUGAAGGCUGCUUCAGUCGGAGACAACCCAUGGCUCUAUGGCUCAGCCCUGUGUUGAAGAUAUCCAUUUUGCGAGUUUGAGAAGGCCCGUUUCCUAGACCCAGAUUAAACCUAUUCCUGACUUUUAGAGAGUAACAGAUUUACGUUUGAUUCUGUUCUUCCAGGAACGCAGAGCAGCAGAGAAUCCUGUGGAAGAUUCCUGAUAUUUCCCAGAAAUCUGAAAAUGGAGGUAAAUAACCUUGUUUAUACACAGGAGGAAUCGGUAAUACCUUGUUAUCAUCUUCUCCACUAAUGUACUAAUCUAAAAUAAUUGGUGACGUCGCGUCAUGGCAACUACAGGCUCUAAGGGCUCGAAAGACAUCAAUAGCGUUUGCCUGCCGAGAGUACUUGCGAACUGGUGCAAACCAAUUUGACAUGUAGAAUCGCGCAAAAAUUUUGGUAGUCGAUCGGGUAGACGAAUGGGAGAUCCUUAUUCGGUGCGAUGUGUGUGACCCUUAAUACUUACAUCUUAGCUUGGCUUUGCCUGACUAACUAGAUUUGGGGUGUAUGUUCAGGUAUUAAUCACAUUGAACCUACAGGUAACUGCCAAAAUGAAGGAAACACUAAAUAUAUUGAAAGUAGGUGCUUCCACACAGGUGUGGUUCCUGAGUUAAUUAAGCAAUUAACAACCCAUCAUGCUUAGGGUCAUGUAUUAAAAUGCCAAGUUGCCCAUUAUUUUGGCUACCAUAGCUAGAAGAGAUCUCAGUGACUUUGAAAGAGGAGAGUCUCAAAGGAGCAUAGGGGGUUUAAAGGGUAGGUGGGUGGGAGGGGGUGUGUGUCAGUCACCAGAUCUCAUCCCAGUUGACCCUUAUGGGAGAUUCUGGAGCGGCACCUGAGACAGCGUUUUCCACCACCAUAAUUAAAACACCAAAUGAUGGAAUUUCUUGUAGACGAAUGGUGUCGCAUCCAAUAGAGUUCCAGACACUUAUAGAAUCUAUGCCAAGGUGCAUUAAACGUGUUCUGGCUUGUGGAGGCCCAAUGCCCUAUUAAGACACUUUAUGUUGGUGUUUCCUUUAUUUUGGCAGUUACCUGUAUGUUUGCCUUAUAGGGCUGAUUAGCUAUGGAUGGAUACAUUAGUGUUUUUCAGUCCAGAUGAACAGACCCUUUUAAUAAUGACAUUACCUUUGACUUACUGUACAUGACGUUUGGCCUUUUCCCCCAUUUAACUCACUGAUGCCCCCUUCUGUCUGGAGAUGGUUCCAACAGUCAUAAUGAUCAGAGAAGAGUUAAAAAACCAUAGAAUUAGGAUUAGAAUACUAGAAUGAACAUUAACCUUCUUAUAAUGGGAUAAAGGUCAGCCAUUUUGGUCAGGGAGUUGGUCAACCAUGGUUUGCCAGUGCUGUGAUAAGAAAUUGUGUAAAAUAAUGAAUUUGAAGAAUUUAUUAGCUAGCUACCCAGACAGUUUUAAAGGAAUGAUUCCAUUAAUUUGUCAAAUUAACUGCCAAUAUGCCAACAUUCCAUUAAAACAAUGUAGUCAAUCCACAGCCAUACACUGGCUGAAAUCAGUUGAUGAUAGGACUUAGACAAGUUGUAAAUGCAACAGGUACUGAUAUUGUCUCAUAUAGUAGACAUUUAUGGUCUGUUUACAUAUACAGUUGAAGUCGGAAGUUUACAUACACUUAGGUUGGAGUCAUUAAAAGUAGUUUUUCAACCACUCCACAAAUUUCUUGUUAACAAACUAUAGUUUUGGCAAGUCAGUUAGGACAUCUACUUUGUGCAUGACACAAGUAAUUUUUUCCAACAAUUGCUUACAGACAGACUAUUUAACUUAUAAUUCACUGUAUCACAAUUCCAGUGGGUCAGAAGUUUACAUACACUAAGUUGACUGUGCCUUUAAACAGCUUAGAAAAUUCCAGAAAAGGAUGUAAUGGCUUUGGAAGCUUCUGAUAGGCUAAUUGACACCAUUUGAGUCAAUUGGAGGUGUACCUGUGGAUGUAUUUCAAGGCCUACCUUCAAACUCAGUGCCUCUUUGCUUGACAUCAUGGGAAAAUCAAAGGAAAUCAGCCAAGACCUCAGAAAAACAAUUGUAGACCUCCACAAGUCUGGUUCAUCCUUGGGAGCAAUUUCCAAACGCCUGAAGGUACCACGUUCAUCUGUACAAACAAUAGUACGCAAGUAUAAACACCAUGGGACCACGCAGCCAUCAUACCACUCAGGAAGGAGACGCGUUCUGUCUCCUAGAGAUGAACGUACUUUGGUGCGAAAAGUGCAAAUCAAUCCCAGAACAACAGCAAAGGACCUUGUGAAGAUGCUGGAGGAAACAGGUACAAAAGUAUCUAUAUCCACAGUAAAACAAGUCCUAUAUCGACAUAACCUGAAAGGCCGCUCAGCAAGGAAGAAGCCACUGCUCCAAAACCGCCAUAAAAAAGCCAGACUACGGUUUGCAACUGCACAUGGGGACAUUUUGGAGAAAUGUCCUCUGGUCUAAUGAAACAAAAAUAGAACUGUUUGGCCAUAAUGACCAUCGUUAUGUUUGGAGGAAAAAGGGGGCCUUUGCAAGCCGAAGAACACCAUCCCAACCGUGAAGCACGGGGGUGGCAGCAUCAUGCUGUGGGGGUGCUUUGCUGCAGGAGGGACUGGUGCACUUCACAAAAUAGAUGGCAUCAUGAGGAAGGAAAAUUAUGUGGAUAUAUUGAAGCAACAUCUCAAGACAUCAGUCAGGAAGUUAAAGCUUGGUCGCAAAUGGGUCUUCCAAAUGGACAAUGACCCCAAGCAUACUUCCAAAGUUGUGGCAAAAUGUCUUAAGGACAACAAAGUCAAGGUAUUGGAGUGGCCAUCACAAAGCCCUGACCUCAAUCCUAUAGAAAAUGUGUGGGCAGAACUGAAAAAGCGUGUGCGAGCAAGGAGGCCUACAAACCUGACUCAGUUACACCAGCUCUGUAAGGAGGAAUGGGCCAAAAUUCACCCAACUUAUUGUGGGAAUCUUGUGGAAGGCUUCCCGAAACAUUUGACCCAAGUUAAACAAUUUAAAGGCAAUGCUACCAAAUACUAAUUGAGUGUAUGUAAACUUCUGACCCACUGGGAAUGUGAUGAAAUAAAUAAAAAAAUCAUUCUCUCUACUAUUAUUCUGACAUUUCACAUUCUUAAAAUAAAGUGGUGAUCCUAACUGACCUAAGACAGGGAAUUUUUACUAAGAUUAAAUGUCAGGAAUUGUGAAAAACUGAGUUUAAAUGUAUUUGGUUAAGGUGUAUGUAAACUUCCGACUUCAACUGUAUAUGCACAUGUGUAUGUUUGUGCAGUAUAUUGAGCCUCUGUCCCGCUCUGUGAUGUACCCAGGCAUUGGCUCAUUGUUGGCACGGUUCCAGCUCUCGGAGGGUCCCAGUAAGCCCUCUCCCCUGGCGGUCCAGUUCACCAGCGAAGGCAGCACUCUGUCAGGUUGUGAUAUAGAGCUGGCUGGCCCUGGGUACCGCUUCUCACUCAUCAAGAAGAGGUUCGCUGCAGGUGAGACACUGCCUUUCUUCACUUACUCCAUUAAACAGAAAUAAUGUCACCUAAGUUAUUAUGGAGUGCAUCCCAUCCACAAAGUAUCAGAAUAAGGGAAAGAUUGACUCAAAUUAGUGUGACGCUCGUAGUGUAAUAAUAACAUGGUGAUUAUAAACUAAUAGUGUAUCACUGUGAUAUUAAUUGGUGUUAUUACACUGUUAUGAUACAGUAUUAUCAUCAAAUAUGUUUUGGAAUUGCUAUGGGUACAUAGUUGCAUGAAUGAUUUAUUUUCACACAUAAGUAUUCAAAUGUAACCCAAAGCAUGUUUGUCAUUUUCAGGAAAAUACUUGGCAGACAACUGAUAAUAGGAUCUCUAUUACUACUGAACAAAUACACUGAAGAUCAUAAUCUCAAUGAA